UACUCAGAAAUGUACAGAUUCACCAAACAUUUGACCAAACUACACAGUUAGUACAUGACUACAGUACAGUUUACCUAAAUAAAUAUAACAAAUUUACUGCCCACCUUUGUACAAAGUUAUUAGACAAAGUCGGAUGUGUUUGAAAUAGCUCAUGUAUGCCCACCAUAUACAUGAUACUAAAACUUUUCCAGUCACAAUUUUUAAAAUAAUAAAUCAGCAGUGUAUGAGGACAGACAGUACCAAAGUGAGUGUUAUACACGAAUGAACGCAGCGUCUCCGACCCACGGUGCUUACAUUAGUCAGCCGUGUAGGAAAGCUUGCGGAGUGUGUGUGUGUGUGUGUGUGUGUGUGUGUGUGUGUGUGUGUGUGUGUUUAGUAGGACAGAUCUUAUGGGAUAUGUUCUUUAUUGGACGCUUAUUUUCUUUCACAUUUAAACUACAUUACCUCUGAAUAUAAAAAAUUUCCUCCCUCUAUCUUUUCUGUUAUUCUCUCUGUCUCCGAUACGGCGAGGUAUCAAGCAUAAUACGUGAAUAGUAACCACUCGUAAACUAGCGCCAUUCUCCCCUUUUAAAGCCUGCUAGGCGUCACCUACCCAUGUCUCUAGCUCAGUCCGGGGCCGAAAGCGUUAAUUACGCUCCGGUCUUGUUUGCAGGGAAGGGGGUGGUAGGGGAGUAAACGGCGAUCUCGAGGGUACUCAUUGUAGCCUAUAUAUGGAUCGACCAGACUAGGUUGUAACCUACUUUCAAGAUAUGACAGAUCAUCUGGUCUUCGGCAUUCAUUCGGAAACAGCCUGCUGGAGCGAGACCGGACCAUCGUAGCGCUUCCUGGACGCAAAUGAAGCGGCCACACGGUGGAGGUUGCAGCGGGCGCUACGCGACGCGAUGAUGAGAUCGCGUGUUCUCCUCCGCGGGGGCCUCGCGCUGAUCCGUUAGGACGGAGGCGCGAGCGGUCCGGCGGCGUCUGCCACUGCCCGUCCUAGUCCUGCGCGAGCGGAGGAUGCCCCCCCGCAUGCCAUGCCACCGUCCGCUGGGGAAGCGGUAACGAGGACUCGAGCCCUCCCGCGGCUUCACCCGUCUUCCCGGAUCACAGUUGCACAAGCCAUGUCAGUGACGAUGCAAUGACCCAAGCAAUGCCGUUAUUUUCCUGCUGCAGUGUGGACUAUAAGAUGUUUAAUACCAUUGAGCUAAUCGGCAACAUCCGAGAUGUGGCUAUUUUCGAUAUUGAUUGAAAAGUAAACGUUUCACUCAGGCAAAACACGUCGUAACUACACGGACGGUGCAGCUUUUGGGAGCAAUAUGAAACUUUCGCUUAACUGUCGUUUCACGGGCGUUUAGCUGUCCGUUUGUCUGCAACUGCAAAAGCAACGGAACUGUUAUCGCUGCAAAGUGACAGUACGUCCGCUCAAAGCGGCUGAGUAACAAGUCAGUUCUGUCCAUCCACGCGCUCUCCGGGAAAAGCACGUGCUACUGGACUAUGCGUGGGUGCAAAUGACGUUUCUGUUGGUGCACCCCUAAUUUAAAAUAGCCUGGUCAAAAAAAAAAACCCCAAAAAAACCCGCGAUGACCGAGAGAUCGAGUGACGUCAAGGAUGACGCCGGUAUUAUACGCCGGCGGAGGAUGCAGAAGGAUCUGCCAUUGCCCCGGAAGAGCAGCAGCUGUCGCACCAGUAACAGGAAGAGCCUGAUACUGACCAGUACUUCCCCCACUCUGCCACGCCCACAUUCACCGCUACCUGGACACAUAGGAAGUAGUCCACUGGACAGCCCUCGUACCUUCUCUCCCAGUGGCCCCGCCCACUUCUCCUUCGCCUCCUCCAGAAGGGCCGACGGUCGCCGCUGGUCCCUGGCAUCUCUCCCCUCCUCGGGAUAUGGAACUAACACGCCGAGCUCCACGUCGUCGAGCUCGUCCCAGGAGCGCCUGCAUCAGCUGCCCUUCCAGCCCACCAUGGACGAGCUGCACUUCCUGUCCAAGCACUUCGGCAGCACCGAGAGCAUCACAGACGACGACGGACGACGGUCGCCACACGUGCGGCCGCGCUCGCGCAGUCUCAGUCCGGGGCGCUCCCCCUCUUGCUAUGACAACGAGAUCGUCAUGAUGAACCAUGUGUACAAGGAGCGCUUCCCCAAGGCUACGGCUCAGAUGGAGGAGCGUCUAGCCGAGUUCAUCCAGUCCUACUCUCCGGAGAGCGUGCUGCCGCUGGCUGACGGGGUCCUGAGCUUCAUCCACCACCAGAUCAUCGAGCUUUCCCGAGACUGCCUGACCAAAUCACGCGAGGGCCUCAUCACCACCGUCUACUUCUACGAGCUACAGGAGAACCUGGAGAAACUAGUGCAUGAUGCAUAUGAGCGUUCUGAGAGUUCUGAGCUGACCUUCGUCACAGAGCUUGUAAAGAAACUCUUCAUUAUUAUCUCUCGGCCUGCCAGACUCCUGGAGUGCUUGGAGUUUAACCCCGAAGAGUUUUAUCACCUGCUGGAAGCCGCGGAGGACCACGCUAAAGAGGGACACCUGAUGAAGACGGACAUCCCCCGUUACAUCAUCAGCCAGCUCGGACUGACCAGAGACCCACUGGAGGAAAUGGUGAACCUAGACAGCUACGACAGUGAGGGACCACACACACCUGAGACAGAUGACUCAGCCGAGGGUAAGCUGAAGACCAUGAAACCUCCCUGCGAGUCAGACUUUCAGACCAUCAAACUGAUCAGCAACGGAGCUUAUGGCGCGGUGUAUCUGGUGAGGCACAGGGAGACGCGUCAGCGUUUCGCCAUGAAGAAGAUCAACAAGCAGAACCUGCUCCUGAGGAACCAGGUGCAGCAGGCCUUCGUGGAGAGAGACAUCCUCACCUUCGCCGAGAACCCCUUCGUCGUCAGCAUGUUCUGCUCCUUCGAGACACGCAGGCACCUCUGCAUGGUCAUGGAGUAUGUGGAGGGGGGCGACUGUGCUACCCUACUGAAGAACAUCGGGGCCUUGCCUGUGGAAAUGGCUCGCAUGUACUUCGCCGAGACCGUCCUGGCCCUGGAGUACCUCCAUAACUAUGGCAUCGUUCACCGCGACCUCAAGCCAGACAAUCUGCUCAUCACCUCGAUGGGUCACAUCAAGCUGACAGAUUUUGGCCUCUCCAAGAUGGGUCUGAUGAACCUCACCACAAAUUUGUACGAGGGCCACAUCGAGAAGGACGCUCGGGAGUUCUUGGACAAGCAGGUGUGCGGCACCCCCGAGUACAUUGCCCCUGAGGUGAUCCUGCGCCAGGGCUAUGGCAAGCCCGUGGACUGGUGGGCCAUGGGGAUCAUCUUGUACGAGUUCCUGGUGGGCUGUGUGCCUUUCUUCGGGGACACGCCAGAGGAGCUGUUCGGCCAGGUGAUCUCAGAUGACAUUGCCUGGCCUGAAGGAGACGAAGCGUUGCCUAGCGAUGCCCAGAACCUGAUUUCCACGUUACUACAGACCAACCCACUGGUGCGAUUAGGCGCAGGUGGGGCAUAUGAGGUGAAGCAGCAUUCGUUUUUUGCUGGACUGGACUGGAACAGUUUACUGAGGCAGAAGGCAGAGUUCAUUCCCCACCUGGAGUCAGAGGAGGACACCAGCUACUUUGACACGCGUUCAGAGCGCUAUCGGCACAUAAACUCGUACGAUGAAGAUGACACGAAUGAUGACGAGCCAGUGGAGAUCAGGCAGUUCUCCUCCUGCUCACCGCGCUUCAGCAAGGUGUAUAGCAGCAUGGAGCACCUGUCCCUGGAGCAGAAGACGCCCGUGGUGACACGCCGCGAGCAUAAGGAACGUCGCGAGGACAAGAUGGCCAAGAGAGAGAGUCUCGGUAGCUUCGGCAAGAGCUGGAGAACCGGCUCACCUGAGAUGAAGCGUCUGUCGUGCUCCGAGUCUCUGUAUAUGGAGGGAGACUCUAGUCCUCCUCUGGGUGCCAGGCGGCGUUUCUCGGCAUUGAUGGACACGCACCGCUUCGCCUCGCCUCUGGAGGGUGACGGGGAGGCGCAGGCUCACCAGGGCGGUGGUAAAGGCAGAGGGUCGUCAGUAGAGGGCUCCACUGCCCCUGCAUCACCCAGUGCCACGGAACACAGCAGAUCCAUAAAGGACGGAGCAGGAGUGACCACAGGAGAUAAGCCGCCCAGAACGAGUGAGGUGUCAGCACCACAAGCCAUACCAUCAGCAACCAUGGCACAGCAAUCCUAUCCUGCCGUCUCCCGGGAUACAGUCACUGUGGGUGACUCCCACAGCCAGCGGGCCACCAACGACCUGGUCUUGCGACGGGCGCGACACCAGCAGCUCUCCGGAGAUGGAGAGCAGCGUGCCGCGCGGCCAGGCAACAAGGUCCACAAAUCGGCCUCGGCCACUGCGCUGUCCGUCAUUAUCCCAGCAGUUGAGCAGUUUGCUGGCUCCCCAUUGGCCAGCCCCAUGUCUCCUCUCUCUGUGUCGUCCAACCCGUCGUCGCGGGACUCGUCCCCAAGCCGUGACUACGGGCCGGCGGUCAGCAUGCUCCGCUCACCCAUCACCAUCCACCGCUCGGGCAAGAAGUACGGCUUCACGCUGCGCGCCAUCCGCGUCUACAUGGGCGACAGCGACGUCUACAGCGUCCACCACAUCAUCUGGCAUGUGGAAGAAGGAGGUCCGGCCCAGGAAGCAGGGCUUUGUGCGGGAGACCUCAUCACUCACGUCAACGGAGAGUCUGUGCACGGAUUGGUCCACACAGAAGUGGUGGAGCUCAUUCUCAAGAGUGGUAAUAAGGUCACCGUGACGACCACUCCCUUUGAGAACACGUCUAUCAAAGUAGGUCCAGCUCGCAAAUCCAGCUACAAGUCCAAGAUGGCACGGCGCAGCAAAAGAACUGGGAAGGAGGGACAGGAAAGCAAGAAGCGCAGCUCGCUGUUCCGCAAGAUAACCAAGCAGUCGAACCUGCUGCACACUAGCCGUAGCCUUUCAUCUCUGAACCGCUCGCUGUCGUCCAGCGAGAGCCUGCCAGGGUCCCCCACGCACGGCCUGUCUGCUCGCUCUCCGACCCAGAAUUACCGGUCCCCCCCUGACGCCUCUUACCUCGGUACCUCAUCCCAGAGCAGUUCUCCUGCCUCCAGCACCCCCAACUCUCCCGCCGCGUCCCAGCACAUGCGGCCCAGCUCUCUCCACGGCCUGUCCCCGAAACUGCAUCGCCAGUACCGCUCAGCCCGGUGCAAAUCCGCUGGGAACAUCCCUCUGUCUCCUCUGGCCCACACUCCAUCCCCGACUCAGGCUUCGCCACCACCCUUGCCGGGGCACACGGUUGGGAGUUCCAACAUGACCCAGAUCUUCCCCGCUAAACUGCACUCCUCCCCUCCCAUCAUAAGGCCCAGGCCCAAGAGCGCCGAGCCUCCCCGCUCACCGCUCCUCAAGCGGGUCCAGUCUGCAGAGAAGCUCGGGUCUUCUCCCGGGGACAAGAAAGGAGGGAUUGGGGUGAUGAGAAAACACAGCCUUGAAGUCAGCCAUUCCGAUUACCGCAAGGAGGGCUUCCACUGCGAACUGGGCCUUCAGAGCUUGUUGGAGACGGAAGGAGAGAAUCUGCCCUCGGUCCCAUCGCCCCUGGAGACUGGCGUUUUGAAACCGGCGAGAAAACUGGGCAGGCAGGAAUCACCGCCAAGCAGAGACGCCCUGUUGGCGGGAAGAGAGCGGGAAAUGGAGAGAGGAAGUGACAAUAAACUCGCAACAGUCCUAGAAAAGUCACCUCCUGCCAUUAAGACAUCAAACGAAACUGAGACCCAACCAGGAACCCCAAGCAAGAAAGUCCAAGAUGGUAAAUCGAGUUCUGUAAAGCCUCCGGUUGUUGGUGUCUCACAGCGGUCACUGUACGCCCUAAAAGAUAACAGCCUUGGUAAACUUGAAAUCACUCAGCCCAUUGUGACCAGACCUUCGCCUGUUACAGCAGAGUCAAAACCUAGUGUAGUCCCUUCCGUCCCAUCACCUCUGACUACUGUAGCCACCCCUUGUGUAAAAACUACAAGUUCCAGCAUCCCUGGUAUAGGAAGUCAAGGCUGUGCCACCAAAGCUCUGAGCAAGGUUGUACAAACUCAGCCGACAGGGACUGCCAAAAGUCAGAUGUCACAUGGUGUGUCGAAAACCUCCAUUAAGGACUUGCAUGAAAAAAACAAUGACAAGGAUGCAGGGAUGAAAGAUUUGAAACAAGAUACAGGAAAGACUCUCUGUAUAGCCAAGUCCAGUUUACCAUGCAGCGGGUCCGUAAAGUCAACUCCCGCUCCUGACAGAUUCCCAGCUCCAGGGGUUCCAGCAAAAACCACAGAAGGUGCUAGAGCAAGUAAGGCACCGUCAGAUGUAGAAAGCCUGAAAAAGAUGGAUGCAGAUACCCACAGCAGGACUCCAGAUAUGAGGAUGAGAACCAGCUUACCUCCAUCCAAGGGGAUCGUUCCACCCCAUCCUCCCCAGGUACAGUCUCCUGUUCUCAGCAAGCUGCGGCAAGACAAGGGCCUCUCUCCAGUCAAUUGCUACCGGGGCACCUUGGACUGGGAGGACAAGUGUCUCUUGGAAGUUCUUGAGGAGCACUCACCUUCCCCUACCCCUUCUCCUACUGGAGCCACUCCGUGCCCUUCCCAAUCACAAACAGCAUCCUUUAUUGACAUAGGAAGUAUGACCAGCAUGGCCAAGACAGCACAAGCAGCUGUCAAAUGGGAAACUCAGGAUGCGGACAAAGCAAAAGAAGCCAGGAAAUCAGCAGAUGAAUCCCAGGCCAGUACACAAGCGAAGGCUGAGAUUUCUGGGGGGAGUAGCUCGAAAUUAUCAACUCCAGGCCCUAACGGUGUUGGGUCACACGCAAAGAGCGGGAGCACCAAGAACGUCUUGUGACCAGUUGGCUGCUCUGUAAUCCUCUCUAAUAGGGAUUUCACAGGAUGCCAUUCAUGCCAGUCAUGCACUUGAACAUGUAAGGACCUUCCACCAAGUCAAUAACCCAGAUCAAGCAAGAAAAAACAACAACAUAAGGCAGAACAAAACAGAAUAGCUCUAAGGUACUCCUUACAAGGAGGGUAUUUACUGUAGACACCAAGGCUGCUCGCCACAAAAUGGCAGGAGUGUAAUUCAAGUAUGUGUAGAAGAGAGAGAGAGAGGAACAGACAAAUGAGCGAGUGGGUGUCUCGUGGUGCUCGUGCGGCAAAAGCGAAAAAGGCAAGUGCAGAAGUGCUUUAUCAGAUCAAUCGAUGCUGAAUACUGUGAACACCAAAUCCAUGUUCCUCCAUUUUGUAACUCGUGUGAGCAACUCAUUUCUUAAGCAAAAUGCUGGAAAGGGGGAAUGGGGUCAUUGCUAAGGAAACUUACACAAACAACACAAUUCUUAUUUGGUGUAUGUGUGUAUGAUGUGUGUGUGUGUGUGUGCGUGUGUGUGUG